CGCCAGUCAGCUAAAGCCGUAGUACAGCUAUAGUCAGUCAGUCGAUCGGCGCUCGAAAGCGAAACUCACAUGCGUUGUACCGGCUGCAGAUACAGAUACAAAUACCCGUUCCGCAGAUACAGAUACACCGUCCGCGAGUCAAGAGUCCGAAUUCGCGACACGCAGUGAAGUUGUGCACGGCAUCCGAUUCAUACGAAAUUACCAUUGCAAACGGGAAACUCAAUUAGUUGCUACGCGCAUCAAGUGCUUCACAAGGAGAGAAAAGGCGAAUAAAGUAAAAUUGCCCAAGCAAUUGGAGUAAAAGUGCGAGGAAAUGCCAGUGCCACAGCAGCAGUCCGCGGUCAGCGUUCAGCAAAUAAAGAUGGGCAGCGAGGAGCCACCGAGUGGCAAGCAGACGCGCAGAAGCCAAUCCAACUGCUGGCUGCUGCAGCGCCGCCAGCUGGACAACAUCUCAACGGUUCUGGCCGAGAUGAUAGCCACCGCCAUGCUGAUGUUCCUCGGCUGCAUGGGCUGCGUCCAGAACUCGGUGUUCACCAACUCGGACUUCCAGAGCGCCCUGAACUUCGGGUUCGUGGUGCUGAUCUGCAUCCAGUGCUUCGGUUGUGUGUGCGGCGCCCACCUGAAUCCCGCCGUCACCCUGGCCACCUACGUGUACAACAUGAUCUCCCUGCCAAUGGCUCUGGCCUACUUUGUGGCCCAGAUGGUAGGCGCCUUCAUCGGAUACGGCCUGCUGAAGGCGGUGCUCCCGGAGAGCGCCAUCUACAGCACGGAAAACCCCAAUGGCGUCUGCCUCACGUCGCUCAACAGCACCUUGACCCCUUGGCAGGGCCUGGCCGUGGAGUUCCUGAUCACCUGCGUCCUCAUCUCCAUCUGCUGCGGCGUCUGGGAUCCCCGCAAUGCCACCAAGCAGGACUCGGUGCCCGUUCGGUUUGGACUGGCCAUCGCAUGCCUGUCGCUCACAGCGGGCCAACUGACUGGAGCUAGUAUGAAUCCCGCCCGAUCCUUCGCACCGGCCAUCUGGAACGGAGCCUGGGACGACCACUGGAUCUACUGGGUGGGUCCCAUGGCGGCGGCCCUGGUCACCUCGGUGAUCUACAAGCACGCCUUCCGGCGGGAGCUGGAUGAGUCGGAGGCGGACGAGACCACGAUGUCAACCAAGCGGACCUCGGAGGCGGAUCUCGCCUAGAUUGAUGUACUACUACCCAUAGGACAAGUUAUCGUUUAAGUUCGUGUGAGUUGACAGCGGUUAGUUUUAGGUUGCGAAGCGUGCAAAUAAAUACCUUAAAUGAA